UACCUCCAUCGAACUUUACUAUAAGUGCUCGAGAGUAUCAUGACCAUAUUAAUUAACAAAGGAAUGUCAAGUUUGCAAAAAUUCCAAUAGUUACCGCCACAUAGAAGGCUCGAAUAUUCGGGAAUUUGCUACUUGCCUUAAUAUCUGAAGUGUUUGUCAGAUUGAUUUGGGAAAGCUUGCAAAAUUUGGAAGCUGUUUAUUUAACGCUCGAGUAUUGUGCUCUGUUGUCAGAAAGAAACCAAGAAUCAGUCAGGACGUGAGUGUGGCUUAUCUUUCUGUUGUUUUGUAUAAUAUACAAGAUAUGGGAGGUAAAACGUCAAAGGGACAAAGUUCUGGCGAUAAAGAAGGGAAAACGAAUGAAGCUCUGCAAGAUCUUACAAAAAAUAAAAAAUGGGUCCAACAAAUGGAAGAGUAUUUUGACGCCGUCGACUUAAACAAGAAUGGGUACCUCACAGUUGAGGAGAUUUUACAAUGGUCAGACAACAUGAAAGAAUUAUGUAGUCAGAUUACCCAAGAAGAAUGUGAAAACUUGAAGAAGUGUUUGAAAGAUUUUUAUGGAGCGGCUGGUCUCCUUCCAGGAAAACAAGUCACGAAAGAAGAAUUUCUCGAGGGCGUGAGUCAUCUUAGCGAAGCCGAGCUUGAGAAGAAGAAGCUUGGUGAGGAGACUUUGAUGGAAAGUCUUUGUAAUGCCUUUUAUAAAGCGAUGGAUCUUAAUGAUGAUGGUAAAAUCACAGUGAAUGAAGUUAAAACUAUCAUGAAAGCUUGUAAUAUGACAGAAGAGAAAGCUGAGAAAUGGUUUAAUUUAGCAGAUAAAAAUAAAAAUGGCGUUGUUGAGACUCAUGAGUUGACUAAUGCUGAGUUCGAGUCUUGGUUCUGUCCCGAACCAGAGGAAGAUAACAUUGAAUAGGAAAUUGUAGUCAAACUAUAUUUUGUUAGCUCAGUUAUGGUAAAUCAAUUAAACAAUGGUGCAAAAACAUUUAAAACAUGUAUAGAAGAGACAGUAUAGGGUAUAUAGUAUGGUUUAAAACGAUGGUUUCUAGUGAACAUUCAUUUAUUGCAAAAUGGACAUUCAUUCAGUUAUUACGAGGUAGAUCUGUCUUAACGUUUGUAUUUUAGUCUUGAAUAGAAUAAAAAUCAUGAAUAAAUAUGUUCAAAUCAAUAAAGAAUUCUUUAUCCGUGUCACGCUUAACAUGGCAUUUUUAAACGUUCCUGUUUCAAUAAUUUAAUUAAUAUAUGAUAAUAUAUUCGUAGGCUACUUGAAUGUGACAGCAGAUGAGUUUGGAAGUGUGAUCAAUACAUAUAGCUAUACAUGCAUAUAUGCAUGCAGAGAAAUAUCAAUUGUUCUUCCAAACUAGAGGACAGCUAAAUUUUUGAGUUCCAUUAAGGUCAUGUUACACAAGGCAACUUUGGCUGUAAUUUCUCUGUGACUACUAUUUAGAAAACAUUGCUCUGUCUCCGAAAUUGCGUGACCAAUUGUAGCAACAAUUGCCUCGUGCAACAAUACCUUGGUCCAAAAUAUUAUUAUUGCACGCGGUGGAGUCCAUGCAAACCUAACGCAUAACUAUUUUCGACGAGUAUUUAUUAUUUUCUCUUAAAUAUUAAUAAAUAUUAUGCUUUUUUCAUCUUUCCUAUUGGCCGCCAGUUUUGGCUUUCUUGUCGGUUCUUUUGAU